UCUUUUCAGAGCCACCUAAUAAUUGAAAGAGAAUAUUGGUUUCAACAAAAAAAAAAAAAAAAACACAACGUAGGCCGUCUUCGGACGUAACAUUUGGUGCCGUGACCAGGAUUGGCGGGCUUCAGCACUCCUGUGAUCCGUGAGUAAAGUGCGUACGUAUUUUUUCUCACGCGUUUCGUGUCGUCGCGCAAGUGCGUGCGUGUAACGAUUAAGCGAGUUUGUGUCCUCGCGCGUGUACGGGUGUGAUAUACCACGAGUUCGUGUCCUCGUGUGUAUAUGUGUGUUACUCUCCGUGAGUGUGCUUCAUCGUGUGUGUGUGUGUGACUUGUCACGAGUUCGUGUCCUCGUGCGAGUGCGUGCAUUCUUUUAUUCAGCGAGUUUGUGUCCUCGCUUGUGUGGCUAACCACGAGUUUUGUGUCCUCGUGUAUGUGAUUGUGUUACUCUCCGCGAGUUCGUGUCCUCGUGUGUGUGUGUGACUCUGCAGUUGUGUGUGAUUCGCCGUGAGUUCGUGUCCUCGCGUGCGUGUGACUUUGCGCGAGUGUGUUUUCGCGCGCGUGUGUGGUUGCCGCGAGUUCGUGCCCUCGCGUGCCUGUGACUUUGCGUGUGAGUGUAGUUUUUAGUCCAAAAUGACCAAGGCGGACAAGCUUAAGGCCAAGCAGGCCAAAAGGCGAUCGCUGAUUGAGUCUAUGCGACGCUCACUGCAGUUCGCAGUGGAUUACACCCCCGAGCUACAAGAUCAAGUGCCUGAUCGUCUUGCAAGAUUGGUGAAGUGUUGGGAAUGUUUCCAAUCGAUCCAUGAAGAGUGUGAAGAGCUAGAUGAAUCGGAAAACGCUACCAGAAGCAACGAUGAUAUCCUAGCGCAAACGGAAGAUCUAUUUUUCGAAACCAAGGCUGCGUUAUCAAAGCUAGUGAAAAAGGAGAAAGAAGAGCAACCACGCUCAAAGCUCGUAAGCGUGAAACUACCCACUAUAUCGUUGCCGGUUUUUAGUGGCGAGGUAACGCAAUGGUUGUUAUUUCAUGACACUUUUGUUUCUCUUGUGCACAACUGUGACGAUAUCGCACCUAUACAAAAGUUUCAUUACCUGCGCGCGUCAUUGAAAGGGGAAGCGGCAGGAAUAGUGCACCCAAUUCCCAUUUCUUCGGAAAAUUAUACUGUGGCAUGGAAAGCUUUGCUUGACCGGUAUGGUAACAAGCCGUAUCUACGUAAAAUGCACACGCGUGAAUUAUUUGGGUUGCCUUCCAUGAUCAAUAGUGGUGCGCAAGAGCUUCGACAAUUAGUGAGCAAAUUCCAGCUGCAUAUUGACAUUCUAAAACAGCUAGGAGAAACCGUUUCGGAUGAUAGUAGCAUUAUCAUGGAAAUUUUGGCCAGCAAGCUCGACAAGGCAUCGUUGAAGGCUUGGGAAGAACACUACGCUCAGGAGGAAGCUUUGUUAACCUAUCCUAGCAUGACAGCAUUUCUGCUUAAAAGAGCGCAAGCGAGUGAGUCUCUAGCGUUGCAGGUAGGAAAUCGUGUUAGCUCUUCCAACGCAAAGGUACCAAACCAGAAAACAUCUAAAAGGCUUAGUGUCAAUGCUGCAAGCAUGAAAGGGAACAAUGUGGUUCCUUGUGUUUUGUGCUCUAAAGACCAUUAUUUAUGGCAAUGCCAAGCAUUUCUGGAUCUUAAGCCUAAGGAUCGACAGAGUGCUGUUAAUGGCAAAGAACUUUGUGGCAAUUGCCUACAAAAGGGGCAUUUUGCAAAAUCAUGCCGAUCAAGAUAUACGUGCCAGCAAUGCAAAAAGAAGCAUCACACAUUGCUACAUUUCGUGGAAGAUGCUAAACAGCCCUGUGAAAAAGGUUCGUCUGAUUCGAGCAUUAUGGCAGCUGCGCAUGUAAAUAGUGUUGAUCGUGUAUCCAAAAACGUGUUGCUUUCAACUGUGUUGUUGGAAGUAAAUGAUGCAUAUGGACAAAGGCAUCUCGUGCGUGCGCUGUUGGACAAUGGUUCGCAACCUAACGCCAUUAGUGAGUCGCUGUGUCAACAAUUGCAUUUGCCGCGGAAAAAAGUGAACAUUUUGAUCGUUGGUGUCGACGGAAUAGAAUCCAGUGCCAAUCAUGAAGUUCGUGCAAAGGUACAGUCGCGCGUUACCAACUAUUCGGCGGAAAUGGACUUCUUAGUGUUGCGAAAAGUGGCGUGUGAUACUCCAUCCCACGAAGUCCCAGUGCAAAAGUGGAAUAUACCUGCAUCAUAUCCUCUCGCAGACCCGCAUUUCUGCACGCCCGGUCGUAUCGAUAUGAUUAUUGGAGCAGGGUAUUUCUACUCACUAUUGUGUGACGGUAGAUAUAGUCUACCAAACAAAGGCGUGCUGGUCGAAAGUGUUUUCGGCUGGAUUAUGACCGGUGACAUUCCUGCUAUAUCGAGUGAUGCGGUUCGGUGCAAUGUGGUAGCCGUCCGUCCUACGAUCGAAGAACAAUUGGAGCGAUUCUGGAAGAUCGAGGAACUCCAGGUGAGCGAAUACUCUUUUGAUGAAAAGGAGUGUGAAAGGCAUUUUCAACAAACCGUUUCGCGUGAUGGAAGCGGCCGUUAUAUUGUUCAAAUGCCCAAGCAGCCCAACUUCAAGGAAAUAAUAGUGAAAGAGUUACAGUCGGCUAAAACGAUCCUGUUCCAUAUGGUGCAAAGAGAAGUGUUUUCAGACGAUAUUCGCGCUAUCACAAAGGGAAAGUGUCUAACAAAGAGCUCAUCCAUUCGAUUGUUGAAUCCAUUCCUCGAUUCUUGUGGAUUAUUACGCGUUGGUGGCCGGGAUCAGCAUCAUAAAACAUUACACGGUGGAGUUACAAUGACCCUUUCGUCCCUGCGUGAUGAAGUGUGGAUUCUGAAUGGCAUGCGGGCCGUUCGUAGUGUACUUCGAACCUGCUAUCGGUGCAUAAGGGCCAAUCCAGUUCCAAUAGCACAACCUAUUGGUCAGCUACCAGUGUCACGUGUUACGUAUCAGCUUGUUCAGAGAUAUGCCCAGGGUUUCUGGCACCGUUGGCGCAACGAGUAUGUGAAGUCGUUAAACGGUCAUCGCAACGUCAAACGGAGCAUUCAGGAGCUGAAUGUAGGUGAUUUGGUGAUAGUGAAAGACGAGCAAUUACCAGCAGUGAAGUGGCCUUUGGCGCGUAUAGUGGAAAAACAUCCUGGACCAGAUUCAGUGACACGUGUCGUGACUCUUCGUACAGCGAAUGGGAUCAUCAAACGUCCAGUUUCCAAAAUUUGUGCAUUGGAGUGUCAUCAGGAAGUGUAA